GUGUAUAAAAAUGAAACAUUUCCCCGAAAGGGCGAAAUAGGUUAGAAAGUUAAUAUAUCUCAUAUCUUGUAUUUUGACGUUAAUUUAUUACAUAAUUGUAUAAUAAAUAAAGCUUGCUCUAGGCGCUAGUUUAGCAACCCGUGUAGAAGAUGUUUAAAGUUACACGAACUCUUUCGCAGUACACAAAAUCAAGUACUGUCCAGUUGUUCCAUCUUAGCAAAUUUUCCUCGGCCCCAAUAAGUGCUGCUAUCCGAAAUGUAGAACUAGAUAGGGAAAUAGAAAUUAAGAAACAGCAAAGUGACAUACCACAAACUUUAAAACCAAAUAAAGAAACUAAUGGUUUAGUUGCGGCCGCCUUCGCAUCUUUGAAAGAUAAUACAGUUAACAUCAGUUCAAGUUUUACUGAUGAAAGUAUUGGAAAAGCGACUACAGUCGGAGAACUAUUAUCAAUAGCAGAUGAAAGUGGUAUUUCACGGAAACGGGCACUUAAGGUAGUAUCUCUUCUUGCUGAGUGGUCAUCAAUGGGAAAAGUCGAAUUGUCCGAUUUCAAUACAGAUCCUCGAUUUAUUAAAUUGUGUAAGAUUUUAACGAAACGGAUUGGUCCAAGAAAAUCGUUUGUCACUCCACGAAAUGAAGAUUUAUCGACAAUUAUUAAUAUUACUGCUGAUGAUGAAGCUGCUAAACUUAUCACCUCAAUCUCGUUGCCUCAAACAGUGAAGGUAAUGACGAUGCUUGCCUCUAAGAAGCGUCGAUCAACUCCACUUUUACGUUCGUUAGCUUAUAAUAUAGCAGGAAAUUUGGAUCAUUUAGAUUUAAAACAGUGCAGCGAUCUAUUGUACAGUAGUGCAGUUUUAAAUUUUAUUGAUGAGAAUAUGUUAGAGAAGAUUUGCUCUGAUAUUGGUAUAGCAAUUCAAGGAAACACAAAGGGAAGUGCUGUUAUUGGUUCAAUUUUAACGAGCUUGGGACAUUUACAAUAUAAAUCAACAGAUAUUCUUGAUGCUUUAGCAGAUUGGAUAUUGAAAAAUAAUAAAAUCUGUAGAAUUCAGGACAUAUGUUCAUUGUUUAUUACACUCGGCGGUCUGAGUUAUAGUCCAUCCAACAUAGAACAACUAAACGAAGUGUCAAUCCCCCAAUUACAAGAAGCCGAAAUCAGCAAACCUGUUACAUGGUUGAAUUUUGUAUGGUCAUUGGUUGUGCUAAACUUGGCAAAGACAGAACAUAUUUCGUCAGUGCUAACAGAACAGUUUACAUCUAAAAUCCAUCAAGAUCGCAUGUCGAGUGUACCGAUAUAUUUAAAACUAUUAAAUAUUGAUAAUGCGAGUAAAUUGUUAGUAAAGGACUACAAAGGUCCCACUUUGUCUAAAAGUUCUGCUCUCAAACGCAACGAGGUUUCAAGAUCGAAAGAGAAAUUAGUUAUGGUUAAUGCUCUGCAAGAUACGAUCAGUAAUUUACUGAAUCCGAAAACCCAUUUAAAGACAAAUAUUUAUUCUGACAUGGGAUUUUAUAUUGAUGCUGAGGUGAGGUUGGACGCUAAAUGCAACCCUUUACCGAUCGAUUCAGAGGACAGUAACUGUAUUCAAGUGGCAGUUGUUGCACUAGAUUUUCACGAUAUGUGCAGGGGGCGUGUGGAACCUAACGGUCAUAACGUCCUUUGUUUCAGAUUAUUAGAAGCGAAAGGUUAUCGAAUACUACCUAUAGUGUAUACAGACUUUAAUCCAAAGGAUAAAUUGGUAAACCGAGUGAAAUAUCUUGAAGCCAGUUUGAAGAGAUUAGUGUUACAUUAAAUGACAUCCCACGUUUAGACAUUUUUCUGUAUAGCGUAUUCAAUCGUCACUAAUACAAGAUGCUAUGUAUUGGGCACACUGUUUCAUUUUUGUUUUUGAUUGUUUCAAAUUGUAUAUAAAGUAAUAAAUAAAAAGAAUUACAAAAGUU